AUGGCAAAGCAGGACUCUACUCCGGAAGAGAACACCGGGGUAGCCUUAAGAGACCCGGCCAAGCUAGGUAGGCUUCGCGGUAAAGCCAUUGGGGCCGGGCCGGGUGCCCUCAACUCGAAGCCCGUUUGCGUAUAUGUUGGACUUGGCCAUUACCCUAAAGUGCCCUGUGGAGCCAACUAUGUCACCGCCAAGGGGACUGAACAGCAUGAUCUUGAUAAGCUAUUUUCUCGAGGUGUUGGGGUUCUUUCCCGCCGGACCGUUAACGAACCGAAAGUAUACAAACUGAAUCCCAACAAAGAGAAACCAAAUUUCCACACCUAA